AUGGUCGGUCUUGGCAUUCUGGAAAUUUCUCCAGUCAGAUCUUCUUCCCCCGGUUCCAUCUUCUUCCCUUCUCCAUCAUCCCCAACCUUUGAUCCUAUCACACCCUUCUUCAUUAUGUCUAUCCUCCGCAACAUCAAGUCCCUCACCCCCCUCCUGGACCGCGUCCUGGUCCAGCGCAUCAAGCCCGAGGCCAAGACCGCCUCCGGUAUCUUCCUCCCCGAGGCUGCCGUUAAGGAGCAGAAUGAGGCCCAGGUCCUCGCUGUUGGUCCCGGUCUCUUCGACAAGGAUGGCAAGCGUCUCCCCAUGGGUGUCGCCGCCGGUGACAAGGUCCUCAUCCCCCAGUUCGGUGGUAACUCCGUCAAGGUCGGCGAGGAGGAGUACACUCUCUUCCGCGAUCACGACAUCCUGGCCAAGAUCAAGGAAUAA